AUUCCCUCGAAUCCUGCUACUGCGACUCUUCUCCAACUAUACUAUCAGCAGGGUGGCGCGAAUGUUUCUACUGGAUUCCAUGAUCAAACUACGAUCAAAACUACUCAAGUGUAGAUUCGCGAUCAUCAAUUCCACAUCCAAAUCAUACCACACUCGCCGGACUCCUCCUAGGCGACCUGCCUCAGAGCCGCCGCCAAGGCCGAGCAGGCUCCUUCAGCGCAACCCAAUACCAUUCAUCGAUGAUCUAAAACAAACCCAUGACCCACAACAUCUCCUCUCCCUCUUCCAUGAUUACCGGAAAAUGGGCUUCAACCAUUACUACCCUUCCUACUCUUCCCUCAUCUACAAACUCGCCAAGUCUCGGAACUUCGAAGCCGUCGAUACCCUUCUUGCUUGCCUUAAGACCUACAAUGUCCACUGCAGAGAGACCCUUUUCAUUGGGUUGAUUGAGCACUACGGAAAAUGUGGGUUGGUGGAGAAGGCGAUUCAUCUUUUCCGCGAGAUGAAGGAGUCUUUCAACUGUGUCCGCUCAAUACAGUCCUUCAAUACGCUUCUCAAUGUGUUGGUGGAGAAUGGCAGGCAUUGCGAAGCUUAUGACAUGUUCAAGGGUUCUUGGAAGCUGGGGUUUCGUCCCAACUCGGUUUCUUUUAAUAUCAUGAUUAAAAUGUAUCUGGAGAAGGGCGAACAUGAAAGGGCACGCCAAGUGUUUGAUGAAAUGCUCGAGAGAGAGGUUGAGCCCACUGUCGUGACGUACAAUUCCCAGAUCGGGUUUUUGUGCAAAAGGGGUGAGUUUGAAAAGGGGAAGAGUUUGUUUGAGGAUAUGGUUAGGAAAGGGACAAAGCCGAAUGAGGUCACCUAUGCUUUGCUGAUGGAAGGGUUGUGUUUUUUGGGGAGGUACAAGGACGCCAAGAAGUUAAUGUUUGAUAUGGAAUACCGGGGGUGUAAACCAAAGGUUGUUAACUAUGGCGUUUUGGUGAGUGAUCUUGGGAAGAGAGGCAAAAUCGAAGAGGCGAAAAGUUUGCUCGUUGAGAUGAAGAAAAGGCAUAUCAAGCCUGAUGCUGCAAUCUAUAAUAUGCUGAUUAGUUAUUUUUGCAGAGAAGAUAGAGCUGCUGAGGCUUACAGAGUUUUGGUUGAAAUGCAAAUUGCGGGUUGCAAACCAAAUGCCACUACAUACAGAAUGGUGGUUGAUGGGUUCUGUAAGGCCGGAGAAUUCGAAGAAGGUUUGAAGGUUUUCAAUGCAAUGUUGAUGAGUGGCCAUUUCCCACGCACUGAAACACUUCGUUCUCUAGUAAUGGGCUUAUUUGACUGCGGGAAGGUUGAUGAUGCAUACUUUAUUUUAGAGGAAAUGGCGAAGAGGAAGAAGAUGUUUGAUUUUGAGUCAUGGGAAGCCAUAGUCAAGGAUUCCUGCACUUGUGACAAAGCAUUCAAUAAUCAUAUAACUGAAAUUGUGUCUUCUAACUAAUGGAAUUGUAGAAUAACAUA